AUAUUUAAUUACAUUUUAAUAAAUUUAGCUUUGAAUCACGUGAAGAAAACAUGCCUGUCUCUUUCACAUGCAUUGAAAGCUUUUCACAUAGAAAGAAAAUGGUGAUUGGAAUAAAAAAUCCCAGAGCAUGUGCAGGGGAAGCAAUUAAAAGAAGUCAGAAUUAAAAUAGUACAAACUAGCUUUAUGCUGCUUUUUAGUUGUUCAAUAUAUAUAUGCAGAAUUAAAAUAGUACAAACUAGUAUAUUAUAUUGAACUUCAAUGCAAAACUGUGCUGGUUUUUAUAAGUUAUUCUCUGGAUCUAGCUGAAGGGUUGAUUGCUCAAAAGAAUUGGGUGCUGAAAGUACCAAAAAUGGGGUUUGGAAAAACAGGCACCAAUGAUCUAUAAGUUGUAUGUCUACUUUUACAGUGUAUCCACAGUCCGAAGCUGAUUUAGUCUGAAGCAAUUGGGUGUAUAAAUUUUCGACCUUGUUCACAUUCUGCACAAAAAAGAUGGUGAGUCUACCAAUUGAUUUGGCUAAGACAUAUCUGAAGGAAUUGAUAGAUGGGGCCAUAGCAAGAUCACGUUAUAUAUGUUGCUUCACAUGCAUUACUAAGGAGUUUGAAGAAGAAAAGGUUCGACUGAAAGUAGAAAGAACAACUGUGGGACAACGUGUUAAUGUGGCAACUGAUAGAGGUGAUAUUAUACAAAACAAUGUCCAUCAUUGGGAGGAGCAAGCUGACGAACUCGAUCAAGAGGAUACCAAAACAAAGCAAAAAUGUUUAUUUGGAUUCUGUCCUAAUUGCAAAUGGCGAUAUAAAAGGGGAAAGGAACUUGCAAAUAGGUUGGAGAUUAUUAAAGAACUGGUCAAAAGAGGGCAAAAUCUUGAAAUUGGACUCCAUGCACGUCUACCAGGCAUUGAACGUCAUACUUCACAAUACUACAUUUCUUUUGAAAGCAGAGAGUCAAAAUUUAAAGAUCUUUUGGAAUUCCUGAAGGAUGACCAGAAUUAUAUAAUAGGAUUGCAAGGGAUGGGAGGUGUCGGGAAAACUACUUUGGCCAAAGAAGUGGGUAAAGCACUUAAGCGAUCCAAACAAUUCUCACAAGUCAUCGAUACGAGAGUGUCAUUUUCUCCUAAUAUAAAAAAGAUCCAAGAUGAUAUUUCCGGGCCGUUGGGGUUGGUGUUUGGGGAAAGCUGUAAUGAAGCAGACCGACCUAAAAAAUUGUGGAAUAGAUUAACAAAUGGUGAGAAAAUUCUUCUGAUAUUAGAUGAUGUGUGGGGAAAUAUCGAUUUUGAUGAUAUAGGAAUUCCGUGUAGUGAUAAUCACAAAGGCUGCAAAGUUCUCAUAACUACACGCAAUUUGAGGGUAUGCAACAUUAAUGGAUGUGGGAGAACAGUUCAAUUGGAACUCUUAUCUGAAGAAGAUGCAUGGAUCAUGUUCAAAAGAUACAAUUCUAAAAGCAAUGAUUUGUCUAAAAAUGUACUCACAAUAGCAAAAAAUAUUUCAAAUGAAUGCAAAGGAUUACCAGUAGCAAUAUCAAUUAUUGCCAGCAGUUUAAGGGCUCAACAACAUCUAGUAGAGUGGGAGGAGGCCUUAAAGUCAUUGCAGAAGCCUAUGUUUGGGCAUGGUGUUGAUGAUAAUUUGGUUGACAUUUAUAAAUGCCUGAGGUUUAGCUAUGAUAAUAUGAAGGAUGAAAAUGCCAAGAGAUUGUUCCUCUUAUGUUCCGUGUUCCAAGAAGAUGGAGAAAUUUCUAUUGAAGUGCUAACCAGGUUUGCCAUUGGUGUAGGCAUUUUGGGGGAAGGUUAUGAUAGUUACGAAGAUGCUCGAAGGCAAGUAGAGUUAGCAAAAAAUAAGCUCCUAGAUUCUUGUUUGUUGUUGGAAACCAAUGAAAGGAGUAUUGUGAAAAUGCAUGACUUGGUGCGUGAAGUGGCCCAAUGGAUAUCAAAUAAAGAGAUUCAAGCUAUAGAUCUGUCAAACAAAAAUCAAAAGUCAUUGAUUGAAAGAGAGAACGAUAUCAAAUAUUUGUUAUGUGAAAGCAAGCUAAUUGAUGUGUUCUCGUGUACGUUUGAUGGUUCUAAACUUGAGAUUCUAAUUGUCGACAUGGAUACUAGUGACUCAGUGGACAUACCAAGUUCAUUCUUUGAAAAUAUUGCAGAUCUUCGUGUUUUGCAUUUAUCAUAUCAAGAUCAGCCUACUAUACCAUUACUGCGGCCAAUUCAGUCAUUGAGAAACAUUCGAUCUUUAUUAUUUGGUAGGGUUGAUUUAGGUGAUAUCUCUAUUUUGGGAAAGCUCCAAACUCUUGAGACUCUUGAUUUGGUAUGGUGUAAAAUUGAUAAAUUGCCACCUGAAAUUGCAAAACUAGAGAAACUUAAAUUGUUGAACUUGGUAUUCUGUGAAGUUCGAAGUGAAAAUCCAUUUGAAGUUAUCAAAAGUUGCUCAUCACUUGAAGAGUUGUAUUUUCUUCAUAGUUUUAAUGAUUCUUGUCGAGUUACCUUACCUGCAUUGAAAAAGUAUCAUGUUUGUAAGUCAUGGGCUAUAAUAAAUGAUUCACUAUCAAAAUGUGUGGCUUUUGAAGGGGAUGGGGAUGCGGAACUUUUCUUGGAAGCAACAUUUAAAUACUUGAUGCAAACAGCAGAGGUCCUUCAGCUAAGUCGAAUUGAGGGGAAAUGGAGAAAUCUCAUACCUGAAAUCGUUUCAAUUGAUCGAGGUAUGAAUGAUCUAGUUGAGUUUCGCUUGCGUUAUGAUUCGCAACUGCAAUGCCUCAUUGACACUAAGGAUAUUGGUUCUCAACUACCAAAUGUUUUCUCUAAGUUGGUUGUGCUACAUCUUUAUGAAAUUAACAAUUUGGAAGUACUAUGCAAUGGUCCUCUUUCCUCUGACUCUCUAAAGAAUUUGGAAGAGCUAUCCGUUGAAUGUUGUGAAGAAUUGAAAAGCUUGUUUAACUUCAAGGUAAACCUUUGCAAUUUGAAGACCAUGACAUUGGAGGCAUGUCCAAUGUUGGUUUCCCUAUUUCAAUCAUCAACUUCUCUAAGCCUAUUGGAGGAAUUGAAAAUAAUUGAUUGUGAGAAACUGAAAAACAUUAUAUCAUGUGACAAUGAUAUUAUGAGUCACAACUCAAUGUUUCCAAAUUUAAAAGUUGUUGAUAUUGAAAGAUGCCCCCUAUUGAAAGAACCGCAGCUCCAUGACUCGCCAAAUUUCAGUAGUCAUCGUGCUAUGUCUUUGUCCGUGAAAGAGUCAUUUUCCAAAGAUGAUCCCAAGGCACAAAUGGAAUUGGAUCCUGUAAAAUGCAACUGCUUCUCUUGGACUUGUAUAUUUUGUUGUAGUCAUAAACUGAAGAGUACAAGUACAGAAAUUCCAGUAGUCUCCGAUGAUCAACAAGGCUGCUCAAUCACAUUGAGUAUGAAAGAAACACAGGGCCACCAUAUUUCAGAAAGUUCUACAUCAAGAAACACUAUAACAACAAUUUUGUCCAAUAAUUCACAAACAAGGAUCGAGCCACACAUAUCAUUAGUUGCUCCCAGACAAAAGCGUUUGAAUGAAAUAGACGACCAAAACAUUCAAGAGGGUUCUACUUCCAUGUCAGAAAAAAUUGUAGCAUCAAAUUCGUCUAUCGCUUCAGAAACAACAAAUAAUGAGCCACCUAUACAAGGUAUUGAGAUAAGUGUUGAAGAAGGAACUACAUCAGCUAGUAAUGCUAAGGCAAUAACAUCAUCAACUCAUUUAGAAUUAGAUUUGUUGAAUGAACAAUCGACGAGGCAACAAUGUUUAGUCAAACCUUUUCCGGAAAAAAAUUGUUUGAAAGCAACAGAAGAUCAAAGUAUUCAAGAAGGUUCUAUAUCACAAAAACCUGUUGCAACAACUUUGCUUGCCAUUUCAGAAACAACAGUACCUAUACAAUUUGUUGCUCCUAAACAAAAGAGUAUCAUGGCAAAUGUGGAAGAAGGAACUAAAUUAGCUAAGACAAUAACAUCCUCAACUCUUUCAGAAUCAGUUAGUUCAUCAUCAGUAAAACUUGCUAUGCAGAGUAUCAUGGAACAAGAUGUUGAUGCCAAAGACUCUCAAGAAACAACUAAGAUUAAUAAUGAUCAAGUUUCUCUUAAUGAUGCUGUAGUCAUGAAUGUAAGCUCAAUUAUUGAAGAACAGUUUCCUAAGGAUGGUGAAUUUAUAGUUCCAGAAUCUAGGCCAUCUCCUAGCAACAGCAUUCCUUUGCCUCAUACAUAUCAGACUCCUUCAAUGCCUCCUGAAGGAAACCCUUCUCAAAUUGUGGAAGAUUCAAGUUCUUCUUCUCUUGUCAUGCGAGAGCUUGAGCAAUUGGUCUCCAAGAAGCAUUUGAAUUAUGAGAACUUGUCUUUGUUGAUUGAUUUCCUUGUUAAGCAUCCUCAAGUUCUUUUAAGGGACACUUCACUGAGUAAUAGAUACAAAAGUUAUGCCUACAACUGCCUAGCCGAGCUAUUGAAAUUCCUCCAAACGCAUAGUGUGUUGGAUGUGUUAGGUUCAAGCCGCUCUGAAUUUGAUGAGUUAUUACAAGAUGUGCACAAAUGCGGUUUUGAUAAGGAUUGGUUGGAUGGUGUUGAAAAACGCGCUUUGUCUCCUGAUUUACCAUUCUCUCAAGAUGCAUUGCAAAAAGUGUUGGAUCCCCAGCAACAGGUCACCAAGGAAGUUGAGGCGAUGCUUUUGAAGAUAAACAUUUUUACUCAACAUGUGGAAGAGCUUAAACAUCAAUUAACAUCCUCCAAAGCUGCUUUGGACAGUAUCAUUCAACACGAGGCACAAAUUUUAGAAAUUAAGGCCGCUUUAAGCGCACCUCUUGGCUAUUAGACUAUUUUCCCUCGUAUUCCUUUACGGUUGUGUCCUAUGUUGUUGAAGCUUUUAUUGUUUACCUACCUCUUGGGUAGUUCCUUCUUUUCUCAUUUGAAAUCAACUACCAUGUUAUUAUGUUUGCAAAUUUUAAAAUUGUUAUUGAUUGUUGUAUGUUACCUUGAUUAAGUAUUAAUUUCUUCCUUUAUUUUAAACAAUAAGUAAGGGAAAGAAAGAAUUGGAUAUUAUUGUGAUAGCUUUAUAAAAUAUCUGGAAUACUUCACAUUA